ACAACUGAAAUUUUAAAGAAGUCAUCCCUGAGAUUGGAAUUAAAAAGUUGAAGAAAUUUUGAGCAUAAUUCUGAUUUCAGGGAUUUUCUCUACCAAGGCAGAGUCGAGAAGGAAUUUUAUUUCUCAUAAAAACAAUAUGCUGCUGAUACAGUAGAAACCCGCAUAAAAGAACCUAGGUUUUUUCUGGCAGCCUGAAUAGGUUCUUAAUUAACAGGCUGCUAUUCUAAAGUCCAGUCUAAAAGGUUCUUAACAAGGUUCCUAUAUACCUACAGGCCUUGCACACAUUAACAAUGUUUUCCACCGCAAGAAUUCUAAUGGACACACUUAAACCAGCUUUUUUAAUGAAUUUCAACCAAUCAAAUGAAUUUGUAUUGUUGGGUUGUCCAAUUAGAAUGCAACAUACCAUGACCUGAUUUAUUCUAAAAACCCUUUUUUCUUACAUAUGUAUAUAUAAAAACCUUUCCAAAUUUCAACCCUUUCGGGGGUUCUUGAUUAUGGGGUUUUAAAGGUUAAAUUUCAGCCUCAAUGUUCUUAUAAAAACAGGUUUCUACUGUCUUAAAAAAAACUUUUCCACUAAUUGUGCACGAGAAACUUCAAUUCAAUUCAACAUUUGUCAUCUACUGUAACCUGGAAUUUAAACUGAAUUUACAACAAUACUUCUGACUUUAAUUCCUCUGAUUUUGUGGGGAGAGGGGGUUAAUGCCUGUAUUUGUAAAGUAGUGAUAGUGACAAGCAAAAUCUUUUAUGGGCUUUGCUUCUCUAUUUGAAACUAUUUAUGUUGCUAUGCAAAUUGCUAUCUAUAUUUAAUUUCGCAAAUGUGAUUAUUCAUUUUGUUUCAAAGAUGAAAAAAACUUUUCUGUCUUCUCUGAUAUAAUUAUAUGACCAACUGACUGGCUGGCUGAAUCAAUAAUCGCUCCACAUGCUAACUUCAGUUAGUCUCAAAAAAGUUUUAGUAAUUUUGAAAAUUGUUAAUAGUUGUCAUGAAUUCAACCUGCAAUUGUUUACGCUAAAUGCAUCAAUUUCAAUUUGUCUGAUGCUUUCAAGAUAAAAUUCAAUAACUGAUUAAGUUUCCUUGCUGUGUACUAAAUUUGGUUCUGCUUACAGAAGCUAGAUACCUGCUUGAAUAACCAAUUCGUCAUCUUUUCUUAUCACCAAACAGUCUACUCCUAUCCGCUUUAAGCAGAAGUUUGAACAUCCAGAAGAAUCACAAAGAAUAAUUACCAAAGCUGUGGACCAAGAUGGAGGUAAAGAAGUUUGCAGAAAAUAUGACCCUUCACGGAGUAGGGAGGUUUUCUAUCUCUAAAUCAAGGGUCAUGAGAUUGAUAUGGUUGGUGUUUUUGCUUGCCUUCCUAUCAUUGUUGGUUAUUUCCCUAAUGGCAACAUUGCGUCGAUAUUUCAGCAAGGAGUCAUUUACAAAAGAAAGGACCGUCAUAGUUGCAAAGAUCCAGUUUCCCUCCGUUACCAUUUGCGGCCCAAGUCUGAGUAAAGACAAGCUAAAGAAAUUCACCAUGACGUCAAAGAAAAGUAUUGAAACAGAAAAACAAUUUGAGAAGAUCUUAGACAAAUUAGAAAGCGAAGCUAACUUACCAAAGGUAACACCGGACGAAGAUCAAUUAUUCAUGAAGAAUUUAUCCGGACCCGGGCUUGCUAAUCGGUACCUUUACUCCAUGGGCACACAAAGGAUUCCAGUAAUGAAACGGGGAUAUUGCUACAAGAUCAACCCAAACGGAACUUUCUUCCAGAAAGAAGCCGGUUCUGAUGAGGCAUUGUCUGCAUUUUUCUUUUUAAACGUAACCGAUGCAAUCUCCGGUGCUAAAUCUGAUACAGGAGACUCUAUUGAGAUAAUCGUGCAAGAUCACCAGGAGCAUCCAUUUUUAGAUUCCGGAUCUGUUUUUGCACCCGUCGGCUACUUAACACGCAUUGAAAUUCGUAAAACAGUUAUACAUAGAUUAAAGGCUCCUUACCAUUCAAAAUGCACUAAUGGUGAGGACAUGCAGUUAUUAUUUCGAGGAAAAUACACGGCCAGUAACUGCCAACAAUCAUGCUUUUUAGCUAGAGCAUCAAGAAAUUGCAAAGCCCUCAGCUUUCUUUACAACCUUCAUUUACCUGAAAAUUUGAAAAAGCCUUUUCCCAAUACAGAACUAGAAUCGGCGUGCAGUCAAGGAACCUUACAGGAACUAAUCGAUACAGACUUUUCUUCUUGCAAUUGCGCUUUGCCUUGCUUCGAAACGAAGUUCUAUAAGUCUGCCUCAUAUUCAAAAUGGCCGUCUACCGGAGACCUGACGCCAUACAAAUCACUUUUUAGCGCAGCGCUUGGCCUAAACCGAAGCGUAAUGACGGAUGAGUUUGUACGAAACAAUUUCCUCAUGAUCAACAUAUUUUUUGGUGAUAUGUCAUACCAACGAAUUACAGAGGUUGGGGAGUAUACAAUGGCCAAGCUUGUAAGUGAAGUUGGCGGACAAAUGGGAAUCUGGUUGGGAGCAUCCAUGUUUUCCGUCAUUGAGGUCAUCUUUCUAUUUUGCAAAUUAUUACACCGCCUCUUUACAAGAAGGAAGGUCAUGAAAAAGAAUAUCACAAUUGAAAAUGUGAAAGUCGAGCAAACUGUGUAGUUGAUGUCCCAGACAUAGACAAGGGGCUCGUGCAUCAAAUGUUUAUGUAGGGACUGAACGGGGUCCUACCUGCAAGCAAGUAUAAACAGGCGCAAAAUUGUUUUAAAGAGAGUACUUAAGUGUUUCCUUUACCAUAUCAGUACUCAAGUGCUGCUCAAAGAUCUUCAUUAGCCCCCUCCUAACAAAUCAGUUUUCCCCCACCCUAUAAUGGUAUCGACACUUUACGGAUAUCUAGCAAACUUCACAACGUUAUUGUUCAUGCAUGCAAUCACAUACAAUGUACACAUGAAAUGCUAAUUUGAAGCAUGAACAAAGUGAUUGAUAAACUGUUUCGUUAUUUUGCAAAGUCGACAUUAGGUUAACACUCCAUAACCCUUUUAUGCAUAGAAUUUCUACAGUUGAGAUUCGCUGUCUCGAAAUAUUCAGGGAUCUUUGUACGAAGAUAUUCAAGAUGGCUAUCAGUUUUUAGUCCAAAGAAAAUAAAGAAGAAGUAAUAAACCGUUCGAGAUAAUGAAUGGUGGGGAUAGCAGGUAUUCAACAUAGCAAACGUCGACUUUAUUUGUUUAUGUCUGUCCACAGCUUUAUUAUAUAGCCUCUAUCGCCAGAUUUUUAUGAUAUAUGAGUCGGAACCUUGGAGUUCUAAUGACUUUGCUUAAAUUGUCGGAUCUACACAAAUAACCUGCUUCUAUUCAGAGUGCUUGGAGAUAUUUAUAAAAUAUUAUCAUGAAACGCUAUUUAAUUAUUCAGUAAAUCUAAACAUUUCACUACUGUGUUAUGCAAAGCAAGAGGUUAAUUAGUAAUAUUUAUUGUUCUAAUUAUUAAAGCAAUCACUGUACUUACUUUGAUUAACAAAUAGAAAAUUAAAUUGUCACUUAUUAGAGAUAGUGCUUGUUUGAUAGCUUCCUUUGAAAAUUUCUGAAAAGCUUUUUCUAUAGGUACGCAGUACUGAUUGGACAACUACCGCAAAUCCUCGAAUUGCCCCCCGCCCUCAAAAAGCCCCCUCUCGAAUAAGCCCCCCCCUAAAACUGCAAAUUAUCAAUUAGCAUCCCCUCGAAUAAGCCCCCACCGCUACCGUAAAUUCUCGAGUUAGACCCCUCGAUAUGUUGAUUGUUGCCAACUGAGGUUGCAUUUGGCGUUUUAUUCAAUUACCACAAAAAUUAAUUCUUUUGGUAAUAAUUACUUAAAUGUUUAUAAAAAAAAUCAUACUAAAGUAUACGAGGUCUUUUAGUAAUUUCUUUUUGAUUUUUUACUAUACUUUUAUAGGCUAAUUCAAGGAUACUGGUCAUAUGUCCGUGAUUU